AUGGAGGUCAUUCCAGCUCCCUUGACAUGCCAGCAGAGGCCAGUCGACUGCAUCCGUACGCGGACCUGCUUCAUCGUCGACCAACGCCUAGACGAAGGCGCGCUGCAGAAAGCCCUUGAUCAGCUCAUUCGACAUCACUGGAGGAAGCUGGGCGCGCGACUGGUCCCUCGCCCCACGGACAAGCUGCUGGAAUACCACAUCCCAGAGACCUUUGCCGCCGAGUACACGCUCUUCCACUGGAGCUCGUCCGAAGAUGAGGAGGCGUUCCGGCGCAGCGCGUCCAUCCUUGACGUUCCUUCCGGGGACCAUGUGUGUUUCCUUGCGGAUGAAGCUGAAGUGGACCAAAUCUUCAUGCCGUCGCAGUGGCCACUUCUUCACAAAGCCGAGGAUCCCUUUCUCUACGUCCACAUCACCUUUUCUCGUAAUGCGACCGCGAUCGCGACCAGUCUUCCUCACGCCAUCGCCGAUCAGGGCGGACUGGCCGCCAUCGUGAAAGCGUGGCUCGGUCUGCUCGAAGGCAGAGAACCUCCGCCCAUGGUCGGGUACGCAGACGACGUGCUGGGUGAGCUCAAGCCCUACGCCGAGUGGCCACAGGAGGAGGUGUAUCGAGUGGGACGGGCAAAAGUCAGAGCGCGUUUCGAACGGUUCCGUGUCAUUCUGGGCUUUAUUUCGAAUUUCAUCACCUACAGGCAGGACACGUCGAGCAUCCUGUUUCUCUCCCGCUCGCUUAUCAAGACACUGCGCGAACGGCACUCGAAGCUCCUCGAGGACAAGUACGGCCGCACUCCGGGCAUCAGCGACGGCGACAUUAUCACCGCUAUAUUGACCAAGUUCUCUUGCAUCGUCCAGGCGAAACCUCGCACCAUUUGCCUGUCCCAGGCCGUGAACCUCCGCGGCCGCCAUCCCAACCUAUUGGACGGUAAGACCGACGCCUGGAUUCAUAACGGCAUCCAUGCCGCCACGGCACGCUUUCGGAUCGAUCCAUCGACUUCUGUGGGCGAGAUCGCCUACCAGAACCGACUGGCCAUCGACGUGGCCGAGGACGAGAGAGACAUGGAGAUCGGCACGGUUGUGACGCGAGAGAUGGUGCGACGUGGACAAUCCAUCCAUGUCUGCGAGCCGUGGGACACGUCCUACUUUGUCUCCAACUGGUGCGGGAUCUGGCGAGGGCUGGACUUUGGCGGCGCUGUCCAUGGAGAGAAGGGUGGUGCCGCGCCUGAUUUCCUGGUCAUCGGCCGUGGAACGAAGCCGGGUUCGCCCCUACGGUUUUCCGCGAGUAUCAUGCACAGGAACGACAAGGGUUACUACUGCGACUUUGCUGCCCCAGUCCAGGGAAUGGCGUUGAUCAAGUCAUAUCUAGAAAAGGAUCCUAUGCUGGAGCACUUUUGA